AUGGUCUUUACACUCUCUUCCCUCCUUGCUCUGGUUGCCCUGGCGGGCGCAAAACCCCUUCGUUCCCGAGCAGUCGACCGCCUCGAUGAAGCUGCUACCGCCGAGGCCCACCAGCGAGACAAUGGCGCCACUCGAGCCUUUUCUGGCGUCCAGAUCAAGACAUCAGACGGGAAAUGUCUUUUUGUUGACAAACUCUCGGGCGAUUUCCGCGCCAAUCUUACUCCGGUUCAGGUUGCCGAGUGUGGAUUAACCGACGGACAGGGCUGGGAUGUCAUCACGGCAGGCAAACACAUCACGGGCGAUGGUGUCAUGCUCGUUGUGAGCACUCUGACCCAAGCCUGCUUGAAUGUUGAUACGCGCAGACCGGCCGGGAACCAGGUUCUGCUGUUCUCGUGUGGCGGCCGGGCUGACGGAGGCGGAGAGGUGACCGAUUCACAACUCUUUGUAUUCAAUGGCGGCGCCGGUCCCCUCUCUUUCCAACCGCGGAAUGAAAAGGGUUCUUGUCUUGUUGUUAAGAAUAAUGCUCUCGAUAUCACCAAUUGCAACAACGGGGAUGCCAGUCAGUCUUUCACAUUUGGCGGCACCGCAGUUGGAGGGGGUGGCAACGGCGGUAAUGGCAACGGCGGUAAUGGCAACGGCGGUAAUGGCAACGGCGGUAAUGGCAACGGUAAUGGCAACGGCGGCGGAAACGGCGCUGGUGGUGGUAACAAUGCCGGACAAUCGUCAACGACCUGCACCAAAACGACCCGGACGGUAACCACUACCACCACCCCUUCCUCUACCGCGGCCGCCCAAACAACAACAGCAACAACAACGCCCGCAACAAGCGCGGGCGGCGCUACUGGGACCAGGACAGGGGGCAUUUUGACGGUGAACCCCACGGAGCCCGUACCAGUUUCACGAGCCGGCGGUACUCUGCAGCCCACAGCCGCCGCCGAGUCUCACGAGCGCGACGAUACAGCCACAAGAGCGUUCAGCGGCGUCUCUAUCCGCGCGCCCAAUGGGCAGUGUCUCUUCAUCGAUCCGACGGCGGGCGACUUCCGGCAGAACCUGAUCCCGGUUUCCCUGGUGGACUGCACGGGCGCGCCCAACGAGAAGUGGGACGUCAUCACCGCGGGCAAACACAACCAGGCAAAUCCCGGGCAGCCUCCUGCUGCGCUGAUUGUUAGCGCACUGACCCAAGGCUGCAUCAGCUUUGACGGCAGGCGGCAAGCUGGUGACACGGUAACCCUCUUCUCCUGCGGCGGCCGUGCUGAUGGUGACGGUGGCACCGAUGGCAACCAGCUCUUCCCAUUCAUCGGACAGACAAGCUUCGCGUUUGCUCCGCGGAACGAGCAGAACAGAACUUGCAUCCUCCCUGGAAAUGGUAGACUUGAUUCGGGUCCUUGCCCUACUGAUGGUUCUCAGCUGUUUUCCAUCUUUGAGUGA